UCGUUUCGUUGCGGUAUCCUGUCACAGUUGCACAACAAGGAUCUGUUACUUUUCCAAUGAAGCAGCAGCAGCAAGCUUCUUGACAAUAAAAAUCAUGGGAGAGAAAAAUUCACUUGAGACGCUAAUUUACACAGUAAACGCCCUGCUGAAAAAACAAAAGUACCACACCGCCUUAGCAGUUCUUAAGGGCUUCCGGAAUGGGGCAGUAUAUGGAGCAAAGAUCAGAGCCCCUCAUGCACUGGUCAUGACUUUCCUGUUUAAGAAUGGAAGUCUGAAAGAUAAACUACAGGCAAUUGCACAGGCCACAUACAUGCAUGCCCGCAACCUGGCUUGCUUUGUGUUCACAUACAAAGGACUUCUAGCACUGCAGCACUACCUCAAGGGUCGAAAUUCUCAGGUCCAUUCCUUCCUGGCAGCCUUUGUAGGGGGCUGGCUAGUCUUCGGAGAAAACAACCACAUUAACAGCCAGAUAAAUAUGUAUCUGCUGUCUCGGAUUCUGUUUGGUUUGUCACGGCUGGCAGUAGAGAAAGGAUACAUUCCAGAACCCAAGCGAGACCCUUUCCCUAUAUUUGGUGCUUUGGUUUGGGGAAUUGUCUUGUGGUUAUUUGAGUAUCAUCGGCACACACUUCAGCCAUCGCUUCAGUCUUCCAUGACCUACCUCUAUGAUGACAGCAGUAUCUGGCAUGACAUUACUGAUUUCCUUGUUUAUAACAAAAGAAACACAAGCGCAGGAAAGUGAUUGCUUUAAUAUGGAGAAGUGUAAUGAUUGUCAGCAGAGUGGUUGCUUGGAGCCCACUUGUGCCCAAAUGGCAAUGCAUACCCUUCCAAGGUGGCGUUAAAAUUGCAUAAUCUGAUUUAAAAUGUUAUUACCUGGAACUAAAUGAUUCAGUCUCAUUGAGUAGAAUGGUUUUCUCCAUUUAAAUUUUGUAAUUAAUACAUUUGUAGCAGAAACAGCAGAAUGUUAAACUUUUUUAACUUAAUGGUUUCACUAAGUGAGUUGGCUAACCUUGGUUACAAGCUUAAGCCAUUGAGAACUGAUGUUUCAUGAUUUAUUCAGCUUUGUGCACCGUAUAUGUAUAAGUGAGUCCACAGAAUCAGUCUAUUGUAAUUCAUUAAUGACAGACUGUAUAUGCAUAUGUGUGCAGUUUGUGUAAAAGGAGAAUCUACACCUUUUUCAGUUACUGGAUGUUAAAAAUGCAUCUCUGAAACAGUGAGACCUUUAUUAGUAAAAGGCAUUUCUGUAACACAACACUAUUAAGUGCUGUGUUAUAACAGUGAUCAAUCUUAUUUUUAUAAUGCUGUUUAAUAUCUGAAAUAUCAGCACACAUCAUAACUGUUAACAUUUAGUAUUAGAGUCAAGGACAAAGUCGGCAAUAUUCAGGGAUAAAGGACCCAUAUCAAGCACACUUUUUAAACAUUACUAAUACUGAACUGAAAAGUUAACAAAAUAAUAGUGCAUGAAUUAAAUUAUAUUUUCUGAGGUAACAGAAGCCUUUAAUUGUAAAGAAUGUCAUUAUUUGUUAAUUACAAUCCACCACCUUUUCUGAAAGAAUCACUGAUUUUUAGGAGGUCAGAGCAAUGUUAUGCGCCAUAAUCGGGGACAAUGGUAAGAUACUCGGCCCUUACCCAUCCUGUUCCGGUGCACUCCUUGACUGAAUAUCCAAGUGUAAGGCUUGGUUACACAUACUUUUAUUAUGAAAUCAUGUAGCCCAAUGCUUUUCAGUCAACACUAUGAACGUUAUCUUUUUUACAAGAUUUACUGUGCAUAGUAAAUAAGAGAAAUUUGAAUAUACUGGAAUAUUUGUGGCUUAAUAUUCCUUAUAUAGCAAGGUAGCCUGCCACAGAGUUGUGCUGUACGUCUGCAUUUUCUAGCUGUCCCAGAAAACACAAAACACAGACUUCUGUGCCUUCCGCUGUCAUGGUUUGGGGCAUUCUUCAUAUGACAGGAAGAGAGUCUGCUAGGAGAGGUCAUCAUGCAGGCAGCCACUAGAGCUGGUUUAGCUUCCCCCCCACAGAGCAGUGGUCUCACUAGGAAGGUUGGUUACUCACAUCUGCAAGAGGUGUUCUGUCCCCUUCCAAGCAGCUCCACCUCUGCCUGGGAAGCACAAGCAGUGAUUUCUGUGGUCUGUAUCUGGGAACUUGGACCUAACUCCGUGUGCCCCCACCUGAGUGCGCACAACCCUUUCCAGUCCUGGGAAAGGUGAAUGGGCCACAUCCCUCCGCUCUUCCCUCUCCUUGCCUGGCUUCUCCAAUGCCAGGACAGCUAGUUGAAGUCCAGUCAUCUGAUUGCAGUAAGGGCUCCGUCCCUCUGUUUCUGGAGCCAUGCUAAAGAAGUGUACGUAGAGAGAGGGAGGGACGAGGCAUCUGCAGAUCAUCAAAUAUUCAGUGAAGCAAAUACUUCUAUCUUCUUUAGCCUGGCUCCAGAAGCAGAGGGAUGGAGCCCUUACUGCAACGUGUGUGUAGAAAAAUCCAUAUUAUCAAACAUUUAUAAUGUUGAGUGCUUUUCCUGCUGAUAGAAAUGACUGAAUAUUUAUUUGAUCAAGUCUGCCAGCAGUACUUUGUAGGAGAUCGCAGAACAGUGGAGAGUGGGAAGUUGGUAUAUGUAAUUAGUAGGACGUGUAGGGGUUGAGUUUCUAUUAUGUCAGAUUGAUGUUUUGCUGACAAGUAAUUGUGUCCUUCGAUAUUUAGAAGUACAUCCUUACUGCAAGAAGUUCGCACUGCUAAUCUAUGGAGCUGCAUUAUGUGCAUCAAGUUAUUGAAAUAUUCAGUCACCAUUCAUUUAAUUGUUGAUCGCAGAUGUGUGUAAGUUAUGCCAGUAACUGUAGAUGUUGCUGAGUAUAUACAGAUGGGGGUGUGUCUAUUGUGCCCUGUUAGACUAGUUAGAAUAUUACAGGGGGAUAGGAAGAGAUUAAUGGAAUUUUAUGAGGAUAUGAAUUGAAGUGAUGACUAAUAAACCAGUAAGGAUAGUUUAUUUUUUAGAUUUCCAAGAAUUUGAGACGAUAAGGCAAAGUGGUCCAGCAGACAACCAGAAGUAGGUAUGCAGUAUCCUGCUCAUUUUUGUUAUGCAGUCCCAACAGUACCGGUUAUAAUGGAGUAGUUAUCUGAGCUGCAGGUGAUGCCAUGCUUGACAGAUCGUGUUAAAGUCAGAAAGGUUAAAAUGCUGUGAUUUUCCUCCUCAUUUAAACGACAUGCAUGAAAAUCAGUGUACUUCACAUAAAGUCUUCAUUAUUUGGAAGAAGUGGAUUUACAGUUAAUAAGAACAAUGUACUAAAGUGCUUCCUUCAGCAAAUUGUAUGAGUAACAUCAUGAGGCUCACCUGAGAUCUAUAAGAAAGUAAUCCCAAGAGAUGUGAGAACUUUGUUCAGUCUUUUAAUGCAAUUAAUGUAGCUUUCUGAGGAUUGCAUCAACAAAUGCUUAGUAGACCAAAAGUUGUGGCUGUUUUUCUUGCCUAAAAAUAAACAAACACUUCUCCAUAUUUAAGCUGAUAACCAUUGUAAAAACCUGACAAGUAAAUAAACUCAUUCAGUGUGGUUAUUUUUAAAUGAUCCAAUGUACAACUCCACUAAAUGUUUUUUUUUUUACCUUUUAAUUCAUGGGGGGGGGGGGUGCCGCCCCAUAAACUUGUUUUGGUUGUCUCCACUGAAAAGGAGAUUGGUUGCAUAGUUUAGACCAGCUCCACUCAGCAUACCCUGCCUCAUUGUUUUUUACUAAGUUUAACUGGUCGGUCUCAAUGAAGAGUCACAGCUUGCCUUAUUUUAAAUGUAUUUAUUUGCUGUGAAGUGUAGUAUGCUACAUCACAUGAUUUGUAUAUGUACACUACUGGGCAUAUUCACUUUAGUUUUUCAGAUAAUGGACAUUGAUGUGUGAUGCUGAUGUAUUUUAAGCACAGUGAUAGUGCAUCCCGCACCAUGUUAUAUUCCUCAAAAUUUUAUUUAUGUGCAAUAAUUUACACUGGAUAUCGAAUAAACAUAUAAUCUCCUAUACAGUCACAGUCGUUGAACCACAAGCACUUAUUAUGGCCUUUUUUUGUUUUUGUUUUGACUUUCUGCUCCCUGUUCAUUGCUUAGGAUGGAAUGGACUUGGUUUUACUUUUCCUACCAACUGUAAUGGACAGGAAGUCGAAGAACAAAAUGUGAAAAUAUAGCAAAAAUGGAACAUAUAGCUUUAAAAAUUACAUGUAAAUGUCAGAUACAUUGGCCAAAUAUCCAUAUUUUUCAUUUUGCUAAGGGUUCAUAGGUAAGCACUAGGCUGACUACCCUUGUGCACCAUUUUAAGCCAAGCAAGUUUCCUUUUUGGGCUUGAAUUACCUAUCCCAUUUGGUGUUGGAGUGGCCUUAUCCAUCCCAUGAUCACUUGAUAUAUAUUAGCGUAAUGAGAAUAACUAGGAUAUUACUAUAGAUAAUUUGAGGGGACCCAUGCACAUAAUAAAGAAUUUAGGAAGUUCCUCUGUUUAUUAAUAGUACAAGGGGACAUUCCUGAGGUAAAUUUUUGAUUACCCAGCCAUAGAUCCAAGUUGCACUAAAGUAUGGACAGGAGUGAGCUUUGUGGCUGGGGAUUCUGAUCAAGAUCAGUAGUAUCCUUGUUGACCUAUACCUGACCCCCCCUCCAAACCAUUUUGUUGAUGUUGGAAAAACAUGUUUAGAUCCCUAGACUGAGUGUUUUUGAUACCAUUUGACUUGC